AUGAUCCCACUCCCUCUCCCACUCCUUCUCUUGUCCGCGUUGGCGCACGCACACGGCGACCACGCUGCCGCGAUCCAGUCGCGCGCAGAUGACGAGUCCUUGUCCUAUGCCGAGCGGCAUAUGGCGGCCGAGCACCACAUCGAGUCAUUUGACGAGCCAGCGUUCUUCAAGCUCCACGACCUCGACCUCGAUGGGUUCUGGGACCGCGAUGAGAUUGCCGCCAUCUAUGGGCUGCGACACCAUUCUGUCGCUACUCCCAAGAAGAAGAAGCAUGAUGAGGGGUUCGAGGACCGCGUCGUUAGUGCCGUUCUCCUCAAGCUUGAUACGGACGGGGAUGGCAAGGUGUCGCUUGACGAGUUCAAGACUGGCGGCAUGGACAGUCUGCCGAUUAUUGGUGACUUCAAGGACCUUGGCCACCACUAUGACGAGGAGAGCGAGUACUUCCUCCACCACGAGGAGCUGUACCACUCGACGCCCGAAACCCAGACCGACGAGAGCUACAACCACCCCGAAGACAUUGCCCAUUUCCGUAAUCACGAGCACAUCGAGGCGGAGGAGGACGCGCGCGAGCGCAAAUUCGAGGGCUUGGCUGCAAACGCCGAUCUGACUGACGAGCACAAGGCCCACGAUCCUCUCGAGGAGGCAGGCCACGCUGCGGGCGAGGGUCCAGAGGCGUACGCUGCCGCGGGCAAGGGGCCGGACGUGGGCGGCGGCCAGACUUGGGACGAGCAGACGGCCGAGGAAACAGAGGGGACCGAGGGAACUGGCACUGGCGCUCAGCAGGUCCUGGCAGGCCAGCAAGAGGGCUCGGCCAAGGCCGACGGAUACCAGCAGGCCCGGUUCCGUGAUGUGCGGGCUGGACGCAAGGUGCCGCCUCGUCGGUUGGAUCCGGAUACUGGACACAAGCACCGUGCUAGUGCUGAGGAGCGGGCGCGUGCCGACGCACCCUACAAGUUCAAGAUGCGCGGCGGACUGCGGUCGGACGAGUUCUAG